GCAAAUUUGGGAUAUUUAGGAAAAAUAGUGGCAGACAUGUGAGGCAAUAAAAAUAAUAGAGAAAAAAAAAGUAGGAAUAGGCAGUGUUGGAUUAAGAAAAGUAACAGUUUGUAACUUUGUUUGAUGAAGCACAUAAUUAUAUGUUCAUGUGCUACAAAAACCCACAAGGUUAAGUGACAGCCACACCAUCCAAACUUCAAUAUAAGAAGCUUAGCCAGCCCUGAUUUCCAUAAACAACGCCAGAAACUCUCACAUAUGCCCCAUUCCCAUUUCCCACCACCACAAUGUUCGCCAUGGCAGCCAUACCACCCAGAGAUGAAUCUGACUACGACAGUAGCUCUUCCUCAAUAACCGUACCUGAAUCUAGCCGAAGCUGGAUGAGUAACCUAAGCUUCGGUAGUCGACGGAGCUCUGUCUCCAUCACUUCUUCUUUACCUGAAUCUUCAUUCUCAUUUUCCCACAAGCCACACAAGGCCAACCAAGCCGCAUGGGAGGCCAUUAAGCGGCUACAAAUCUCCAGUGGCCGUGUUGGUCUCGAUCAUUUUCGUCUCCUUCGCCGGUUAGGGAGUGGAGAUUUAGGGAAUGUUUAUCUUUGUCAGAUAAGAAACCCUGUGGUGGGUUUGCCUCAGUGCUUUUAUGCCAUGAAAGUGGUGGAUAAAGAAGCACUUGCUAUAAGGAAUAAGUUGCAGAGAGCUGAAAUGGAGAAGGAGAUUCUGGGCAUGCUUGAUCACCCUUUUUUGCCUACUCUGUACGCAGAGUUUGAAGCUUCUCAUUACUCUUGCUUGGUUAUGGAGUACUGCCCCGGUGGAGACUUGUAUGCUGCUAGGCAACGCCAGGCAGGCCGGCGCUUCACCGUUUCAUCUGCUAAGUUUUAUGCAGCUGAGACUCUCUUAGCCCUAGAGUAUCUCCACAUGAUGGGAAUUGUUUACAGAGAUCUUAAGCCAGAAAAUGUGCUAGUAAGAGAAGAUGGUCACAUAAUGCUUUCAGAUUUCGAUCUUUGUCUCAAAUGCGAUGUCGUUCCAAAGCUUCUAAAGUCUAAUAAACCUGUCUUGGAAUCCAUUGAUCAUCACGACUAUGAAACUUGUUUUACACCGUCUUGUGCCACACCCAUACAUCCUGUGCUUUCUUGUUUCUCAGCCUCCAUCAAGAGAAAGAAAGCAUCUAGAGUUACAACAAUUACAGAACGAGUUGACGGCGAUCAUGAUCAAGAACAUCAAGAACUUGACCCAGAAUUGGUGGCUGAACCCAUCAAUGCUCGAUCCAAGUCCUUCGUUGGCACCCACGAAUACUUAGCACCGGAGGUGAUCUCAGGGCAAGGCCAUGGGAGUGCAGUGGACUGGUGGACACUAGGGGUGUUCUUGUACGAGAUGUUAUAUGGAAGAACACCUUUCAAAGGUGAAAACAAUGAGAGAACCUUAAUAAACAUCCUUAAACAGCCCUUAACUUUUCCAAGAAUUGCAGUUAGCAGUAGCAAAGAGUUUGAAGAAAUGGUUAAAGCCCAAGAUCUUAUAAGCAAACUUCUAGUGAAGAAUCCCAAGAAGAGAAUUGGCAGCUUAAAGGGCUCUGUUGAAAUCAAGAGGCAUGAAUUCUUCAAAGGAGUGAAUUGGGCUUUGAUUAGAUCAGUUAGGCCACCUGAAGUCCCAAGUGAUUCUUGCAAGAUUAGAAGUAGAGCUCACAUACCAAAGUUAAGCAAGCAAGAAAGAGAAGCACCAUAUCAGAUCCCACAUCAUUUCGAUUACUUCUAAACUAGAAAAUUGUAAAUAAAUAAAAAAGAAAUUAAUAGGCAAAACAGGAAGCAAAAAUAUCAUUGUAUUACACCAAAGAUAGAGUUGUUUUCCUUUGUUUGUCCUAGAAAUGAGAGAUGUAUUGAUAUAUUAAAUUAAAGAAAUAUUGAUGCAA